AAGGUACACGCGCACAUCAUAGCAUCAAAGCCUCGCGUGUGACCCGGGAGUAUGAGACAGUGACAGAGAGAGAGAGCAUCAAAGCGGAGGCACACCAACAUGAUUGCUGGUAUCGUUGUGCUGUGUGCUGUCAGGCUGCUCUGCUCUGAUGGUGUCGCAGCGCAGAAUCAGGCCUGCGUGCCAAAUCAUGAGGAGGAGUGUUUUGUACCUGCGGACCAUCUGAAUGCGUCUGGUUCAGUCAGCGUUGAGGUGUGUGUCGGUAAGAAACUCAUCAUCUCCCUGCAGCACUUCUCCGAACACCCUGUUUGCAGCUGGAUCCGAGGAGCAGACACAGUAAUCACAGUAAAUGGGAGUGAGUCCCUGGUCCUACCCACGCUUUCUGAGGCUGAUUCAGGGGAGUACACGCUGAGAUGUGAAAUCAGCGACGGGGCCAGUUCCUCAAUGAAUGUGUCUCUGAAAGUAGCCAUGAAACGUCCCUCAAAACCAAAGCUGACAAUUGACAAAGAUUAUAUCAAAUACAAAUCCCCUUCUUUGACUUGCAUCUCUGAGGACGCUGAGCCCACUCUCAACUGGACUGGAAACCCAGAUCGGGCAGUUGUUUCUGCAAACAGUGGACGUGCACAAAGCCGUAUAUCCACCAGUGGAUAUUCUGAUAGAGGAGUGAUGUGCUGUGCCACUAACGCGAGAGGACAAGAAUGCUCCCAACUGUAUGACUAUGACCUGGACAGUAACUUUAUGAAAGAUGAUGAUGUUUCUAAUGUGACUGUGAGCCCUGGUGAGCCGUUACUCCUUCGCUGUCGAGCGAAACACACGUCUAUGACGAUUGAACUCGGGUGGGAAAAGGGCAGAAAAAAAUUGGACAUCGGAACAUAUGGAUGCUCGUCUAAAGUCAAGAGAGAGAUCUGCAUUAAAUCUGACACACAUGAAGGAAGUUGGAUGAACUACCUGUUUAUCGAAUCAGCGAGCAGUGACCACAGUGGCACUUAUACCUGCAGCACACCAAAGAACAAGAAAACAAAGUCUGUCAACAUUCAGGUCCAAGCUGAGGGUUUCCUCUCCGUCCAGCUGAAUGAAAGCAAGAUCCUCCCCGCUCACGACGCCUCCGGAUCCUGUCUUCUGCAGGCCAGUGUUUCCUACCACCCUGUGCUGGGGAAGUGCUCCUGGGAGACUCCUGAUAAAGCAGAGAUUGAAUGCAAAAAGAACACUUGGGUUACAAAACACAGGACUGUGAUGCUAUGUGUCACACUCAAAUCCGGAGAUUAUAAAUUACACGUGGAAGCUGGAGGACUAAAAGAAACAAAAACCAUAUCAGUGUGUGUUGCAGACCCACCAAAGUUCAGAUUCAUAGACAUCAAUAACACCUUCGCUUUUGAGACUGUGGCUCUUGUGCCGGCAAAUUAUACCUGGAAGUCCUGUGUUUUGUCGAAUGACAGCAGCUGUGAAACUGAGUUUAACUGGAAUGAUAUCCCAGGAGCGUCUCACACAGACUCUGACGUCUCCUGUCAGAAGACCAUCAGGAGCUCUCUGAGCAGAAGUCUAGUGACAGGAAACAAUUUAUGGUUCUGCCUGACAAACUCACUCGGCUCCUGGUGCGAACACCGCUACAUAGUAGAUGUAUACCCCCAUACACAAAUGUCCUCCGGAGCUGCUCCAAAUCAACAAAACAGCAAAAGCUUGCUGCUGCUGAAAGUUGGCAGUUUGUUUCUGGUCAUGGCUUUGGCAGUAGUUAGCGUGGUGCUAAUUUACUUUGUCAAAAAGAAGAAACCUAAGUACCAGCCUCAGCUUCAGAUGAUCCAGAUGGUUGGACCCAAUGACAAUGAUUACAUCUACAUUAACUUCAAGGACUUUGGUUACGACAAGCAAUGGGAGUUCCCCAGGGAGAACCUGGAACUGGGUCCAGAACUGGGCUCUGGGGCUUUUGGCACGGUGGUCCAAGCUACGGCUUACGGCAUCAACAAGGCUGGAGUCUCGCAGCAGGUGGCCGUCAAGAUGCUUAAAGAGAAACACCAGACUGUGGAGAAAGAGGCCCUGAUGUCCGAGCUGAAGAUGCUGACUCACAUCGGUCACCACGCAAACAUUGUUAACCUGUUGGGGGCAUGCACAGACUCAGGACCCACGUACCUGAUUUUCCAGUACUGCUGUUAUGGAGAUCUUCUGAACUACCUUAAGACAAACAGAGAGCUCUACCACAAGUCUGUCACCGACGCUUUCACCAAGGACCGAUUCAAGCUUUACCACAACCUGCAGCCCAACAAAAGCUCUAGUGAGGGAGACAAAGCAGUGGAUAAUUACGUGCCCAUGCACCGCUCUACCACCGGAGGGCAGGAGGACAUCGCCCUGCUCCCCAUCAACCUCAACGACAGCAUUGAAGAACCUUUGAUUUACGAAGAACCGGACGAUCUGACGGACGACGCGCAGACCCUGACCUUCGACGACCUGCUCAGCUUCGCCUUCCAGGUGGCCAAAGGCAUGGAGUUCCUCUCCUCCAAGAAUUGCAUCCAUCGAGACCUGGCAGCUCGUAACGUGUUGUGACGAAGGGCAGAAUGGCGAAGAUCGGGCGACUUCGGACUGGCUCGGGACAUCGACAACGACUCCAACUACGUCGUGAGAGGAAAUGUACGUCAGACAUUUACAUUAAGAUCAUUCAUUGGUUGUAUUUGGUUUAUCCUUUCACACAUUUAAUGGGUGACAUGGCUUUGCAGUGCGUUGCCAGUGAAGUGGAUGGCACCCAGAGGCACCUUCCAGGGCAUCUACACCAUGAAGAGUGCCGUCUGGGCCUAUGGCAUUCUGCUCUGGGAGAUCUUCUCACUUGGCGUUACUCCGUACCCGGGCAUGAAGGUGGACCACACGUUCUAUUCACUGAUCGAGAGAGGAUUUAAGAUGGAGUGUCCUUACUACGCCAACGAGUCUGUGUACGGGAUGAUGUGUAAGUGUUGGGCUCUGGAUCCCUGCGACCGUCCAUCUUUCUCCAAACUGGUGUCCUUCAUGUGUGAUCAGCUGACAGACAGAGAGGAGCAGCUGUACCAUAACAUGCCCGACCAGGAAUCCAGCAUCUACCAGAGCAGCACCAUUUUGGACAUUUCCGCUCUUGACGCAACAAAAACGAGGAACAAGGCGGCCAACGAUUUACGUCGAACCCACGCGACUGAAUGAGAGCAAGAGCAGAAGUGUCCUGAAACUGUGGCUGCUGAGGAGAACCUGAAGACAUCGGAUGCAGAGUGA